ACAAGGAAUCUACUGUACUCCUCAGCUUGCACCUGUCUUGCUCAGUCCUACUUCAUCUGCCUAUUUAUUACCAGUCUAAUUUUAAGUCCAUUUCCUGCUUCUUCUUGGACCGGAUUCCAGGACCCUAAGCCAGUAUUCAAUGAAGGGGUUUUUGAUGAGUUGCCGCCAAGCAUGAUCCAGGAAUUAAGAUAUUCAGAAGUUCCUUUACACCAAAUAGGUGGCGGAAAAAGCAAACGGUUGAGCUGCAUUAUCCUAUUACUCGAAGAGGUGGAGCCGGUACAUCAAACACCGUCUAGAGGUAGACAGUUGUUGAGAAAGCGCAAGGGAAUACCGUACAACGGUGGCAUUUUUGGUUAG